AUGCCCGUGGGGGGCGGGGCCUCUCGCCGGGACCGGCGGGUCCGGCCCCCCCCCCCCCCCCCCCCUCCGCCGCCACCGGAAGGGCCCGGAGCGGGCGCGGGCGCCGGCAUGAGCGAGCGUGCCCUGUGCACGGCCAGGGCCGUGGUGCUGCUCUAUGACGAGGCGCAGAAGCUCUGGGUGCCCGCGGGGGGGGGUCCCGGCGCCCCCAGCUGUGUCCAGCUGUUCCACCAGCCCGGCUCGCUCGCCUUCCGCAUCGUGGGGCGGCGCCCCCCGCCCGAGCAGCAGGUGGUGCUGAACUGCCCCCUGUCGCGGGGGCUGCGCUACAGCCAGGCCACCCCCCAGUUCCACCAGUGGCGCGAGGGGCGCCGGGUCUGGGGGCUCAGCUUCGGCGCCCCCCCCGAGGCCGCCCAGUUCGCCGCCGCCGUGCUGAGGGCGCUGCAGGCCAUCGAGCAGGGGACCCCCCUGGCCUGGCCGGACCCCGAUGGCUCCGCCCCCCCUGAGCCCCCCGACAGGCCGGUGAUGGACGAGCCCGAGCGGCGCGGGUCAGGUGAGGGGGGCGGGGCUUCAGCGACCCCCGGCCGCCCCUCCCCCCCCCGCCCCCCCGGGCCCCCGCCCCCCCCGGGGCCCCCUCCCCCCCCCGGGCCCCCUCCCCCACCCUCGGGGGUCCCCCCGGCCCCGCCCCUGCCGGGCGUGGGGGGAGGGGCGGGCCCGGAGGGGGGGGGAGGGGCCGGGGGGGUCCCCGGGGGGGUCUCGGGGUUCGCGGCCGCCAUCGCGGGGGCCAAGCUCAGGAAAGUGCCCAAGGACGAGCCCCCGAGCGGGGGCGUGGCCGGGGCUGGGGGCGGGGCCGCCCCCUCGGCCCCUCCCCCAAAAUCGGGGGCGGGGCUGAUGGAGGAGAUGAGCGCCAUGCUGGCCCGCAGGAGAAAAGCCGCGGAAUCGCCCAAAAGGGACGAUGACGUCACCGCCGAAGAGGCGGAGCCCGGCGAGAGGAGGGCGGGGCCGGCGGCGGGUGAGCGCGCGGACUCCGUUCCCCAGCAUGCACCGCGGGGGGGGCGCGCGGCGGGGCACGAGCUCGUCCCGAGGCCGUGGCAAAAGUCCAGCUCCACCUUGCCCAGGAUGAAAUCGGCCACUCCAGCCACCCCCGAGCCCCACAAUGAGCUGGACCUGGAGCGGUUCAAACUGGAGCUGCUGGAGGAGUUUCGGAAGGAGCUGCACAAAAUGAAGGAGGAGCUCAUCCAAGCGCUGCUGACGGAGCUGAGGAAGCCGAACCGGCCCUGACCCCGCCCCCCCCCGCCAGGCCACGCCCACAAUUUUGGGGAGGGUGGGGGAGGGGUCGGACACACCCCCCCCCAGCCCCUCCCCCACCCCAUCUCAC